CUGGCCCAAAGAGAAUGUAUUUCAACAGUUUCCGCUCCACACGCUGCAGUACACUUUCGACCGAGGAAUAGAACGUCUGGAAAAAUACCACCCAGCGGAUCAGCUCUCAAAGUUCAGUUUUCAAUUCGGUCUGACCCGGGACUAUACAGAGUGCUUGCACUUGGUGAGAAGAAAAUAAAUUUUUCCUGGAAAAAGUCCUCCAAACAGUAAGGUCUUUGCUCCAGCGUGAGUGAGUCGUCGGUUGCGGUGCCAUUGCGUUUCGCGAAGUGUAUAAAAGUGAUAAAAGUGUGGAUUUUGGUGGAAAAUCAAAGCUCGGCAAUUCCAUUGAAAAGGGAAGUGAAUUCCAACUACGCAUCAGAACGAGCUCCGAUUGCGGAGAGAAAAGCGAGAAAAAAAUUACUCACAACCGUACGACGGGUGCGUGAAUUGUGGAAAAGUUACGUUUGUUGAUUGCAGUGGGAAUUCUGCUAGAGUGAACUGUAGCGGGGCUUGUUGGUGAAACUUUGAUCCGGAAAGAACCCGAGUCAGGAUUCCGCACCGCAGCACAUUUUUCGGCACAUAGGCGCUGCUUCCUGUGGUAUCAAUUUUACGGCAGUAAAAAAAAGAUUUAAUCCUAGUGGGAAUAAGCACCAACCCCUAAUAAUCAGCAACAUGAAGGCAACGGCGCUGUGGGCGGCCAUCGGAGCGAUACUAAUCUUCAGCGGCACUGCGAACGCUUGGGGUGGCCUAUUCAACCGAUUUUCGCCGGAAAUGCUCGCAAACAUGGGCUACGGCAGCCACGGGGGAGCCUAUCGGCCACAGGCAUUUCUGCAGAAUGAAAUCCUAGACGAGGAUCAGCAAAGCCAGCGUGUCGAAGAGGACGUCUGCUACGGCAAACCAUGCUAUUCCAACGAAAACUGCUGCCCCGGGCUGGUUUGUGUGAAUGUUGACGGAGGUGAGCUCGCUCCCUACAUUUCCAAAUUCGUUGGACAUUGUGUUUUCCCACUGGGGCGCAAGUACGGCGAAAUCUGCCUACGGGAUUCCGACUGCGAGUCCGGUCUGGUGUGCGACAUCUCGACGCUGGGCAGUGCCAGUGUUUGCCGGCCGCCGAUGGUUCUGGCCAAGCAGUACGCCGAGGAUUGCAUCACCUCCAGCGAUUGUGAUAUCACCCGAGGACUUUGCUGUCAGGUGCAAAGAAGACAUCGACAAGUGCCCCGUAAGGUCUGCUCGUACUUCAAGGACCCUCUACUGUGCAUUGGAACUGUUGCUGCUGAUCAGGUCAAGCACCAGAUCGAGCACACCGCAGGCGAAAAACGAAUCAUCUACAACAAGCACUAAGCAGCUAAGUAGAGCAGCAGUGAUGCAUCCACAAAUAGCAAGCGUAUCUAGAAGGAAAAGUUUCCGGAAACAGACAAAAUCAGCGAUAGAAUGACACAAAAUCAUAAUCAAAAUACUACCAGAAAAAAAAGUAGCGUUUACUUCUAAAUUAUUGUACAGGUUGUGUUUUUAUUUAAUUUAUUUAUUUUCGUUUCAAACACCAAAACUUUUACCCCUCACGUUUUUGUUGUAAAGCCGUUAAGUUUCUAGUUGCAUAAACAAACAAGCUUACAUAUAGAAAAGAGAUUCAGGGCGCAGAAUGGCUACAGAAAAAGCGAAAGCUGAAGAUGAGAGCGAGAGAAUGGAAUGGUACUUCAUAAAUGUGUGUCCUACCCAAUAGCGCCUGUUGAUUCGUCAGUCAGACAAACAUGAAGUGGAGGUAUGUAUUUUCUGAAAAUGGCACAGAACUUUAAAAAAGUUUUCACUCGUUGUGGUAUAUUGUUAUUUAGGAGAGUAUAUAUUAUGGUACAGUAAAAACAAAAGCAAGAAUCAGCACGCACUAUUUCAAAAUGAACUAAUACAUAUCAAUCAAUGUCCUUAUUGUCCUUGCCGAUAAAUAUAUACAUAUUAACGAUAUAAAUAGUGAAUAAAAGCAUUCCUUAAAGAGAUAUAUAAAUAUUGAAAGGUGAUAAGAUGCGAAAUUCCAGAAGCCGGCGAGUAACUUUUUUGCAUGAUUUUACCAAACGAACAACUCCCUCCACCUUUAAAAAAAUAAUUAUGAGAACAACAACAGCCACACUUAAGAAGUAAACAAGUUACAAUGUUACCACCAAUAAAUUUAAACAAUUAUACCAAGCUUCCUCAUAAAUAAUCUUAUCCCAAAGUGUGAUAAAACAGAACAGAACACAUCUUAAUGGAUAACAAAAUAAAUCCAACAAAAUAGAGAGAGGAAAAUUUCGACCCUCGGUUCGAGCGGUUCGGCUGGACUAAACACGUGGCAGUCUUUCACCAGCACCGAAUGUGUGACCUAUUGUUGACUUAUGGUUUUUACGACCGUCAUGGCCAUCUCUGGUUCCAUUCAAAUCGAUUAAGCCGAUUGACGGACCAGCCUGUCAAAUAUCAAUUCACGUCAAUAACUUUCGGUAGGCCCUGUACAAUAAUUGACAGUUAGACAAUAGAUUUACUUAUCAGUUAUCACGGACCUUCAUAGCAUGCUGCAGUCGUAAGUCGCAUAUUUUUUUUUCACUGAGUACUCCAGUCAAUUCUGACACUACAGUUUUCAUCAUGUCCGUUCAAGAUAGGAAAGGAACGACAACUAUAUGUUUGAAGGCUACCACAAUCUAACACAAACAGUUUCGAAAUGCCGUUUUCUUUUCUCAAAGUGCAAUUUUUAUGAUCUAUGGCAGACUUGAUAAACACUGAAGUGAACAUGGCCUACUUGUUCCAAGACUUAAAUAGUGGCAGCUAACGUUUUAUGGCAUCAAGAGAAACACCUCACUAAAUACUAGAAUUUAUAACCAUCGAUGGCUUGACUAGUAAGUUCGUUUGAUCAACCUUUUGCCAGGCACAACCACAUUCACACACUGCAGCGUUUAUAGACGUCUUGAACUAAUCGAACUGAUGGAAACUACACGGCAACGAUCAUUCUAGAAAUUUAAACUCUUCUAAUUGAUUUGUACUAUUUCGGCAACGAUGUAAGAUAUAUAAUCGAUACAACGUUAAAACUAUUAAAUAUUUUCGUCCGCAGAACAAUGAUUACUUGCCACAAAAAUAAAAAAAAAUAAAUAAAAAAAAACAAUGAAGAGUCACAGAUAUUAUACUGAUAUAAUCGGUUCUUAUGCAAAGAAACAUAUCGUUAUAUUACAAAAAAUAAAUAAAUACAAAAAUGAACAUAGGAUAAUAGUGAUUACCACAUAAGUUUAGGUCCUAAAAACACUAAACAAGAAGAUAUCAUACUGGCUGAGGCAUUUACUUAUCAUAUAUUAAGUAUAUAUAUAUAAAAUAGAAUAACUGAUAUAGGGAGAUUCUUUGAAUGCAGCAAAUCAAAACAAAAAGAUGCCCUGAAGAAGUUAUGGUUGAAUAUCACAACGGCAGCAUACAAAUCUUCUCACUCGUAUCCUUUAUUUCAAGAUUUUCGAAAAUGCGAUGAACUCUCGACUGAAAUCAAAAUAAUCGAAACGAAACACGACCAGCAAAUGGCAGCAACAAUCAACUCAAUCUCGAACAUACUGUGAACUGAAGACACACAGAACACACAAAACACACAAACACAAACAGAGUGAAAGAGCCACCAGAAAGAGUAACAAAUAUUUCCAUUCGACGAAAUCAAAAUUACACCAGCAAAAUGAAGGUUUAAUCUAACAGCGAAAGCCUUUCGCUCCAACAGUAGCACACUCUGAAAUGAAAAAAAAAAAAACAAAAAACAAUGCACGAAAACUAUGUCAAACUACAAAAUCGUCCAACAUUCUGGAAA